AUGUCUUCUUCAAGAAGUCUUCAGAGAAUCAGGUGGACUAAGGCCAUGAAUGUAGCAGCAAUGGAAUGUUAUUACUUAUCUAAUUCUGUGGAUAAUAAUGGCAGGUCAGUUAGGGGGUACAGAAAAAGGAUGUAUGAGAGUUGGAAGGUCAGAGGAGGUGAUUUAGGAAUAUCUGAGCAAAGGUUGUGUGAUCAAGUGAGAGCUAUUAGGAAGAAUGGUUGGUUAAGUCAAGUAGAAAUUGAAAAGAUUAGGAGGAAAGUAACAGAAGAUGUGGGUGAAGAAUCUAGAAAUAGUGUGGACAGGAGUGUUAGGGUUGAGGAAAGUGGUAGUGUUGAGGAAAGUGGUAGUGGUGAGGAAAGUGGUAGUGUCAGUCUGGAAGAAGAAGGGUUGUUCAUUGAUGUGGUUGAUGGGCCUAGCGAGGUGAAAAGUCUUUGUGAGGAAAUAGUGAAGGUAUAUGAUGAGCUGGGAGACGGGAGUGAAAAGUAUAAGUUUGCUUUCAAAACUGUCGAUAGGAAAAAGUUGUCCAAGGAAACAUCUAGAGUAAAUGAGGCAUUGACGUAUAUCAGAACAAAUACAAUUAGUGAGACGAAUAGGCUAGUAUAUGCAGUUAGUGUCUUUAUUGCAAGAAAGUUAGGUUUAAAAAAUCAGCUGGUGCCGAAUGGUGAUGGUGGGAAGAAACGGGAACAACCUUGUUGGAAGAGGAGGCUGGAGCAGCAAAUUAUUGCUCUACGAAGAAAUAUAAGUAUAUUAGACCAGAAGUUAAAGGGAGCUUUAAAGAAAGAGUGGAAAUAUAGGGAUUUGGUUAGGAGGCUUGGUAUUAAGAAGAAGGGAGUGAAAGUUGUGAUGGAGGAGUUGAAGCAGAGGCUAAAUGCAAAAGCGAUGAAGGUUAAACGGUAUGAACAGAGGAUUAAGCAGUAUCAGCAGAACCGAUUGUUUCAAGUGGAUCAGAAGAGAUUUUAUCAACAGAUUAACAGAGAAUUAGGGAAUGAGAAAAUAGUUCCAAAUGCUGCUGACAGUGUUAGGUUUUGGAAAGGUAUUUGGGGUAGUGGUGUGGUUCACAACAAGGGAGCAGAAUGGCUGAAGGAGGUAAAGAAGAGGGUUGGGUAUUCUAGACAAGAAGAUGUAAAGAUAGAGGUUAGUAUGAUAAGAAAGAGGAGUAUGAGGAUGGCAAAUUGGAAGACACCAGGGAUGGAUGGGGUGCAGGGGUAUUGGCUAAAGUAUUUGACAGCAUGUCAUGAGAGGAUUGCUAGGCAGUUGAAUGAGAUUGUAGGUGGUGAUUGUGAGGUACCACAGUGGUUAACUUAUGGUAGAACGGUUCUUUGUGUCAAAGAUGUCAGGAGGGGAAGUGUAUAG